GAUUUCAAACCCGUAGCACAUACAUGAUACACCAAAAGAAGAAAAAAGGGAAAACACUUAAAAGCACAAAAUUCCGAUCUCUACUGCUUCUCUCGCUUUUCCGUCACCACCACCAUCCACCGUGAAUGAGCGGUGCCUAAAUCAGAAACAAGUGAUGGUUAUGGGGGCAGAACCACAGUUUGCCCGAAGCUUAAUCCACAAAAUCUAUGAUCCCUUGGCCAAGCAAAUACACUUCGCAGCUCCAAUAUCGUCCUUGCGAACUAAUGAACUCGAACUCGUACGUGGUAUUUUGCGAAUGCUGCAAGGGUUUUCUGGUUCCCUCUUCUUUUGGGAUCGCAGUGCCAACAGUUUUUGUAGCAAGAGUGGAAUAUACUUGAGUCACUUGUCCCAGAGAAGUCUCAAUUCUCUUCUCACUCAGUUCAUCCAUGCUGCCACCUGUCUCCAGUUGGUGGAGAUUACCAUUGAUAAGGUCGAAGCUGCGGCGGCGAAACCUCCUCCGACUCUGAAGGCAUUUGCGUCCUCUGCUUUGGCCUGGCUUAAGCGGUUGCGUGAUAUUGCGUUGAAGGAGGAAAGCCCCGCAAGCAAUGCAGAUGGCUUAACCACUCCCACCUUGUUAGGAUUGGCGAAUUCUUUAUCGAGUCUUUGCUCAGGUGCUGAGUUCCUAUUCCGAAUAGUCCAUGAAGCGAUACCCAGGGCAUACUUUGAGCUUGGUGCAUCUAUACCAACAGCAGAUCUAGCAGUUCACGUGCUUGACUAUCUGCAUAAGAAGCUUGAUGAGAUGUGUCUUGUACAAGGUGGUGAGGAUGAAGCUUAUCAAAUGGUGCUGUGUAUGUAUAUUGGAAGCUUAUUGCCAUAUAUUCAGGGUCUAGAUUCUUGGCUUUUUGAAGGAAUACUUGAUGAUCCUUCUAAUGAGAUGUUCUUUUUUGCGAAUAAAGAAGUAUCAGUUGAUGAGGCUGAGUUUUGGGAGAAGAGUUAUUUAUUAAGGAAGUUACAUCAUAGUAAAUUACAUGGUGAGUUCUCUUCCAAAAAUUAUGUUAAUGAUCCUCUACCAGCAACAAAUGACAAGCAAAUGCGUAGUAGGGAAUCCACCUCGUUAUCUGGAACAAUUAAAGGAAAAGAACAGAGCACAAUAGACCGUCCAGCUUGUCCCUUUUUUAUUAAGGAUUUAGCCAAGUCAAUAGUUUCAGCUGGGAAAUCUUUGCAGCUGAUGCGCUAUGCCCCUAAUUCAUUAGCAGUUUGUAGCAAAGGAAGUAAUUACGAGAUUGGAACUACUAAAUAUUUUAACUAUGGUGUGUAUCCUGCUCAAAACAAAGCUGGGUUAACAUUGGCAGAAGUUUUUUCUGUAUCACUAGCUGGGCUUAUAGGUGAUGGCGACCACGUGCACAAGUACUUUUGGCAAGAUGACUGGUAUGAAUCUGAAUACACAUUUUCCUGCGUAAAGGAUGAAAAAACAGAGAGUAAGGGCAAUGAAAAUCUAACUGCUCUGCCACACUCAGAAAAGAUUUGGUAUAAGUUCUUGAAUGAUGCUUUAUCUCAGAAAAGCUCAGCUGAUUUGAAGCAAAAAUAUGAAGGCAUUAGUAAUGAUGCAGGAGAAGUGAAAGGAGCUAAAGUGGUUGAAGAUGAAUUCCAACUCUUAAUGAGAUCAUAUGUAAACAAUCCAGUUAUUGCUGUAUGUCAAAUGGACCUUAGGAAAAACAGUGAUGUGUUGAGAAAAUUGAAUAUAUCACGAAAGUUCUGCUUGCCUUCUUUAAAUGAUGGGGUUUUAAGAACGGCUGUAUUUGGUGGAGGAAGUACAACUUUUUCUGAUGUUAAGGGAACAAACUAUACUUUCGGGUUUCAGUAUGGUGAGCCUGAGUAUCUUCGCUCACAGGAUGACAGAAAGCUACUGGAAAUGUUGCUUCCUUUUCCGACACUUCUGCCUUCAUUUCAGGAUGAUCUUCCUGUGUCAGAGCUUUUGCCUUUCCAGAGAAACAGCACUCUUCCUUCAAGGGUUCUUCACUGGAUUCAAAAUGUUGACCUAAGGACUACCCCACUCCCUCUUGUUAUUAUGCAGUACUGUCUAUCUGUGUACAUUCAGAAACAGGUGGAUUAUAUUGGGAGAAAUAUGUUGUUGAAGUUGAUGAAUGAAUGGAGGUUGAUGGAUGAGCUCGCAGUGUUGCGUGCUAUAUACUUGCUGGGUUCAGGUGAUUUGUUGCAACACUUUCUGACUUUAAUUUUCAAUAAGUUGGACAAGGGUGAAACAUGGGAAGAUGAUUUUGAAUUGAACUCAAUAUUACAGGAAUCAAUCAGUAAUUCUGCUGAUUGUAUGCUGUUAAGUACUCCAGAUUCAUUGGUAGUAUCAAUAACAAAAAAUGUUGACCAGGAUGAGCAUGCUUUGACAGCUGGUGUUCUUUCAAGUACUCCUCAUAAAAGUCACAUCAAUAGCUUUGGAAUUGAUGGCCUUGAUAUGCUGAAAUUCACAUAUAAGGUCCCUUGGCCUCUUGAACUUAUUGUCAAUGCAGAUGCAAUUAGGAAAUAUGACCAGGUGAUGCGGUUCUUGUUGAAGGUCAAGCGUGCGAAAUCUGUACUAGAUAAAGUGCGAAGAUGGAUGUGGAAGGGUAGAGGAUCUUCAACAAACGACAGAAAACAUCAUUGGAUAGUGGAGCAGAAACUCCUUCAUUUUGUGGAUGCUUUUCACCAAUAUGUAAUGGAUAGGGUAUAUCACAGUGCAUGGCGUGAACUAUGUGAAGGGAUGAAAGCAGCUAAAUCUCUGGACGAAGUCAUUGAAGUCCAUGAGGCGUACAUGUUAUCCAUUCAACGACAGUGCUUUGUGGUUCCUGAUAAGCUGGGGGCUUUGAUUGCUAGUCGCAUUAACAGCAUCCUUGGCUUAGCCUUAGACUUCUAUACCAUUCAGCAAACGUUAAGCAGUGGUGGAGCUGUUUCGGCAAUCAACGCAAGGUGCGAGAUGGAAGUGGACCGGAUAGAGAAACAGUUUGAUGAUUGCAUUGCUUUCUUACUCAGGGUCUUAUCUUUCAAACUGAAUGUUGGGCAUUUCCCACAUUUGGCGGAUUUGGUCACCAGAAUUAACUACAAUUAUUUCUACAUGACUGCUAAUGGAAAUUUGAUGACUGGCUCCAGCUCUGGUAGCGUCACUUCAAGAUUGGGUAGAAAUGUUUGAUCAAAGGUGGCUCGUCACAGCAUGUAUCUGUAUCUGAAUACAAGGAUGAAUCUGCGCCUGCUUUUUUGUUGUACAGUUAAAUAGGCAGGCGUUCUUGUGUCCUCUCUUCCAUUUACUUGUUCGGAAAUUUUGUUAACAACGUUGCUGUAAAAAUGGAAGGUUGCUUGAAUGCGUACAGGAACCACGUUGUAUCUAGUAGUGUUGGUUAUGUCUUGUACGAGUAACUGUAAAGAGAAUGCUGGUGCGUUUUGUUUUAUGUCUUGCAUCAGAUAAUUUGGGUAACAUGAUGUCUAUAGCAUGUGCCGUGCUGCUUCGUGUCUGCACUGCUGCACAGCACACAGUCCUUUAAGUUGGUCCAUAUAAGUUUACCUGUAUGCCUCCCCAGUUGUUACUUGUUUUGUGAGAUUAAAGGCCUUUUUAUUUUUGUUCUUGA